CGGGUCAAGACAAGAAGAAAAUUCAUGAGCUGGAAUGUGCUUCGCGUCAAGACAAGAAGAAAAUUCAUGAGCUGGAAUGUGCUUCGGGUCAAGUCAAGAAGAAAAUUCAUGAGCUGGAAUGUGCUUCGGGUCAAGUCAAGAAGAAAAUUCAUGAGCUGGAAUGUGCUUUGGGUCAAGUCAAGAAGAAAAUUCAUGAGCUGGAAUGUGCUUCGGGUCAAGUCGAAGAAAAUUCAUGAGCUGGAAUGUGCUUCGGGUCAAGUCAAGAAGAAAAUUCAUGAGCUGGAAUGUGCUUCGGGUCAAGUCAAGAAGAAAAUUCAUGAGCUGGAAUGUGCUUCGGGUCAAGUCAAGAAGAAAAUUCAUGAGCUGGAAUGUGCUUCGGGUCAAGACAAGAAGAAAAUUCGUGAGCUGGAAUGUGCUUCGGGUCAAGUCAAGAAGAAAAUUCGUUAGCUGGAAUGUGCUUCGGGUCAAGUCAAGAAGAAAAUUCAUGAGCUGGAAUGUGCUUCGGGUCCAGUCAAGAAGAAAAUUCAUGAGCUGUAAUGUGCUUCGGGUCAAGACAAGAAGAAAAUUCAUGAGCUGUAAUGUGCUUCGGGUCAAGUCAAGAAGAAAAUUCAUGAGCUGGAAUGUGCUUCGGGUCAAAUCAAGAAGAAAAUUCAUGAGCUGGAAUGUGCUUUGGGUCAAGUCAAGAAGAAAAUUCAUGAGCUGGAAUGUGCUUCGGGUCAAGUCAAGAAGAAAAUUCAUGAGCUGGAAUGUGCUUCGGGUCAAGUCAAGAAGAAAAUUCAUGAGCUGGAAUGUGCUUCGGGUCAAGUCAAGAAGAAAAUUCAUGAGCUGGAAUGUGCUUCGGGUCAAGUCAAGAAGAAAAUUCAUGAGCUGGAAUGUGCUUCGGGUCAAGUCAAGGAGAAAAUUCAUGAGCUGGAAUGUGCUUCGGGUCAAGUCAAGGAGAAAAUUCAUGAGCUGGAAUGUGCUUCGGGUCAAGACAAGAAGAAAAUUCAUGAGCUGGAAUGUGCUUCGGGUCAAGACAAGAAGAAAAUUCAUGAGCUGGAAUGUGCUUCGGGUCAAGUCAAGAAGAAAAUUCAUGAGCUGGAAUGUGCUUCGGGUCAAGUCAAGAAGAAAAUUCGUUAGCUGGAAUGUGCUUCGGGUCAAGUCAAGAAGAAAAUUCGUAAGCUGGAAUGUGCUUCGGGUCAAGUCAAGAAGAAAAUUCGUGAGCUGGAAUGUGCUUCGGGUCAAGUCAAGAAGAAAAUUCGUUAGCUGGAAUGUGCUUCGGGUCAAGUCAAGAAGAAAAUUCGUGAGCUGGAAUGUGCUUCGGGUCAAGUCAAGAAAAUUCGUGAGCUGGAAUGUGCUUGGAGUCAAGAAGAAAAUUCGUGAGCUGGAAUGUGCUUCGGGUCAAGUCAAGAAGAAAAUUCAUGAGCUGGAAUGUGCUUCGGGUGAAGACAAGAAGAAAAUUCAUGAGCUGGAAUGUGCUUUGGGUCAAGUCAAGAAGAAAAUUCAUGAGCUGGAAUGUGCUUCGGGUCAACACAAGAAGAAAAUUCAUGAGCUGGAAUGUGCUUCGGGUCAAGUCAAGAAGAAAAUUCAUGAGCUGGAAUGUGCUUCGGGUCAAGUCAAGAAGAAAAUUCAUGAGCUGGAAUGUACUUCGCAUCAAGACAAGAAGAAAAUUCAUGAGCUGCAAUGUGCUUUGGUUCAAGUCAAGAAGAAAAUUCAUGAGCUGGAAUGUGCUUCGGGUCAAGUCAAGAAGAAAAUUCAUGAGCUGGAAUGUGCUUCCGGUCCAGUCAAGAAGAAAAUUCAUGAGCUGGAAUGUGCUUCGGGUCAAGACAAGAAGAAAAUUCAUGAGCUGGAAUGUGCUUCGGGUCAAGAGAAGAAGAAAUUUCAGGAGCUGGAAUGUGCUUCGGGUCAAGACAAGAAGAAAAUUCAUGAGCUGGAAUGUGCUUCGGGUCAAGUCAAGAAGAAAAUUCAUGAGCUGGAAUGUGCUUCGGGUCAAGUCAAGAAGAAAAUUCAUGAGCUGAAAUGUGCUUCGGGUCAAGUCAAGAAGAAAAUUCAUGAGCUGGAAUGUGCUUCGGGUCCAGUCAAGAAGAAAAUUCAUGAGCUGGAAUGUGCUUCGGGUCAAGACAAGCAGAAAAUUCAUGAGCUGGAAUGUGCUUCGGGUCAAGACAAGCAGAAAAUUCAUGAGCUGGAAUGUGCUUCGGGUCAAGUCAAGAAGAAAAUUCAUGAGCUGGAAUGUGCUUCGGGUCAAGUCAAGAAGAAAAUUCAUGAGCUGGAAUGUGCUUCGGGUCAAGUCAAGAAGAAAAUUCAUGAGCUGGAAUGUGCUUCGGGUCAAGUCAAGGAGAAAAUUCAUGAGCUGGAAUGUGCUUCGGGUCAAGACAAGAAGAAAAUUCGUGAGCUGGAAUGUGCUUCGGGUCAAGUCAAGAAGAAAAUUCGUGAGCUGGAAUGUGCUUCGGGUCAAGUCAAGAAGAAAAUUCGUGAGCUGGAAUGUGCUUCGGGUCAAGUCAAGAAGAAAAUUCGUGAGCUGGAAUGUGCUUCGGGUCAAGUCAAGAAGAAAAUUCGUGAGCUGGAAUGUGUUUCGGGUCAAGUCAAGAAGAAAAUUCGUGAGCUGGAAUGUGCUUCGGGUCAAGUCAAGAAGAAAAUUCGUAAGCUGGAAUGUGCUUCGGGUCAAGUCAAGAAGAAAAUUCGUGAGCUGGAAUGUGCUUCGGGUCAAGUCAAGAAGAAAAUUCGUGAGCUGGAAUGUGCUUCGGGUCAAGUCAAGAAGAAAAUUCGUGAGCUGGAAUGUGCUUCGGGUCAAGUCAAGAAAAUUCGUGAGCUGGAAUGUGCUUCGAGUCAAGAAGAAAAUUCGUGAGCUGGAAUGUGCUUCGGGUCAAGUCAAGAAGAAAAUUCAUGAGCUGGAAUGUGCUUCGCGUCAAGUCAAGAAGAAAAUUCAUGAGCUGGAAUGUGCUUCGGGUCAAGUCAAGAAGAAAAUUCAUGAGCUGGAAUCAGAGCUAGCAGGAUAUAAGAAACUUGUUAAAAGAAAAGAAACAAAGUUAGAUGAGCACAGAAGUGGAGACCUUUAUUUCCAUGGAGAUACAAAUUCCAGUGCACUUGAAGUGAAUAUUCCAAAUACCAGGCUAAUCUACAAGAAGAGCCUGGAGCGAAAUAUUCCAAGCCCUGAAAGAAAAUAACCUCCAUCCCAGAUUGAUAUACCCUGCUAAACUCUCUCUAGAAAUUAAUGGAAAAACAAGAUGCUUCCAAAACAAAGAGGAACUUGGAAAAUUCGCAACCACCAAUCCAAUUCUACAGAGAAUACUGCAGGGCAUUCUAGAGACAGAAAAAAGUACUCGGAUUCCAGGAACAGUGGCAGAGAGGCCUCAAUGCAUGGAGCAGAAAACAGAAUAAAGAAAUAAGCAGAUAACUGAUGGCAAAAAAAGAACAUAACAGAAAUGAGGCACAGAAGGUUUUACUCAAAACUGAUCCAAUUGAUAGUAUCAAGUCUGAGAGUAUAGGCAACUACACUGAAGAUAACAAGACUCUACAAUGCACAUUCUGGUUUGAUAACUGCCGGUUUCUGAAGUUCUAUACUAUAUACAAUGUUGUGUUUUUAUUAUAUGCUUAUAUAUUCAAUUAUACUAUGUGUGAUGAUAUAGCCAAUUCUAUUGGAUAUAACAAGAGACAACACAGGAACUAUAGUAGAACUCAUUGUACAACGGUCUUAUGUCUUUUUCUUUCCAUGUGUUUAUAGGAAUAUGUUUUGUUUUGCUUUGUUUUGUUUCUCCCUCUAAUAUAGAAAGGAUAGAAAUACAUGUUAAGACUCAUACAUGUGUAGAAUCUAUAAACAGUUUACGAGAACUGAUCUUAUGACACAUAAUGAAAUGAACAGAUACUUUGAAGAAAAAGAGACCCUAAAAUACCCAGUGCUGAUCCCGGAGUGUCAUAAUGUGACACCCAGCAAUAGUACUAUUCUUUGUUCAGAGUGAUAUUAGCCUGCUUGGGUUUAUUCAAUCUCAACAUAAUUGAAGAUAUGGAUACCUGCAUGUAUGUUUAAGUGUAUAGGAUUGAUAACCAUAUUUCUAAGUUUUUGUUGGAUAGUUGAACAGAACUGGUUGCAAUCUCACUGUUUGAAUCCCCAUUUUAUAUGAUCCACUUUAAUAUCUUGAAUAACUAUUUGUAAGAAGACAAUCUGUAAUCAAUUAGUGAUUUCUGGUUUUUUUCUUUGACAUUAUGUAUUAUUUCUAUGCAUUUUCUGUUUUGUUCAGUCUUUCUUUAAAUUAAAUUUUUUAAAAAAAAGACACUACAGUACCCAGUGCUGAUCCCGGAGUGUCAUGAUGUGAAAUCCAGCAAUACUAUUAUUCUUUGUUCAGAAUGAUUUUAAUCUGCUUUAGUUUAAUCUAAACAUAAAUGAAGAUAUGGAUGUUUAAGUGUAUAGGACUGACAACAGUGUUACUAAGUUUUGUUGGACAGUUGAACAGAACUGUUUGCAGUCUUGCUGUUUGAAUUCCUACUUUACAUGUUCCAUUUUUAUAUCUUGAACAACUAUUUGUAAAACAACAAUAUGUAAACAUCAACUAGUGAUUUCUUACUGGUUUUUUUCUCUCUGAAUAUAUGUAGUAUUUCUACCUAUUUUCUGUUUUGUUUAGUCGUUCUUUAAAAUUUUUAAAAAGUUGAGUGCACUAAUAUUUGAUGCAUAUAUGUUUAUCUGUUUAUCUGUUUUAUUAUUUCCUUAACCAAUAUGUAGUGAGCUUCUUGGUCUUUCGAUCAGUUUUGCCUUGAAAUCCACUUUAUCUGAAAUUAGAAUAGCUUCUCCUGAUUUUUUCUGGGUUCCUACUGAAUAAAAUAUUUUUCCAUUAGAAAAAAACAUGCCACUGAAAAGGUGGGACAGUCUUCUCCUGUUCUUAGCAAUGAUUCAGCUGUGCCUGAUACUGUCCUUGAAAAAGAGCAGUGAUUGCCAGGAAAGAGCAACCACAGGUGGGACAGGUUGUAUAUUGAUAAGGUGAUUAUUAAACUGUCAUCCAUCAGCUGGGUGACAUGCACAUGCCACAGUCCUGCUCUUUCCACAUAAGCUGCAGCUCUGUAUGGCAGGAGCAGUGUCCAUAAAGAGACACGCUGGCUGUUGUGCCUCCUCUCCACAUAGACCUCUCCACUACCAGGUCAGGUUCAGCAGGCAUGGGCCUCUCCCAGGUCACUCUCUGUGUUCUCAGAGGCCAGCGGUAUCCUGACGCCAACUGCUUCCCAUCCUCAGGAUUGAAAUUACACCAGACUCACGAUGAAGUCUUGGAAGCCUCAAAGGCCUCAAAGGUGCCUCUUGUCACAUAACCUGAGGCACAAGGAAACCAGUAGCAUUCCUCAAUUCACAGUGUGAAUAUAGCCCCAACUUCAUGGGGACACCACCUGCAAAGCAGGGCAAGUCUCAUGUGGCAGAGAGGAGAUGUUGGUAGCAUCAUCACCCUCAGUCCAAUACAGGUGCCUCCUCUGCAGUGGCCCCUGCAAGUGACUGCACACAGAGGGAAACUUUCUUGCAGCAGAGAGCUUUCCAGGUCACAAGGAAAGCUAGCACCUCCCUGUUUGUAACAUAUGCCCUACCCUGUACUGCUGGGCGUGACCUCUGUACUACUGUGUGUGACCUCACUACUUCUUAAUGUUUAUUCAAGACCUUCAAGCUGUUCUAAAAAAUAAAAAUCCAAGCCAUGCAA